GCUUGCGGUGCAGAGACAGGAGCCAGCUGCGUGCACUGGGAGCUCUGGCUGCCCCUGGAGCUACUUCCUCCUUGACCAGGCACCAGAACCAGCCUGGGACAUGGCUAUGGAUUUCCUGCUCCAGUUGCUCAGCUUUGCCUCGGUCUUUUCCUCAGGCCAGCCCUCAUGGGGCGUCUCCAGUCCCAAAGACGUGCAGGGUGUGAAAGGUUCCUGCCUUCUCAUCCCCUGCACCUUCAGCUUCCCCGCCAAUGUGCAGGUGCCCAAUGCCAUCACUGCCAUCUGGUACUAUGAGUACUCAGGCAAUAGGCAGGUGGUGAGCCACUCAGCCAACCCUGAGCUGGUGGAGUCGCGCUUCCGCGGCCGUGCACAGCUGCUCGGAGACAUGAACCACAAAACAUGCACCCUGCAGCUGAGCGACCUGAAGCCUGAGGAUGCUGGUGCCUACAACUUCCGCUUUGAGAUCAGCGAGGGCAAUCGCUGGUCGGAUCUCAAAGGCACCUCAGUCACCGUGACAGAGAUGCCCCAGGAGCCCAUCAUCACCUCACCCAAGGAGCUGCUUGAAGGCACAGAGGUGACCUUCAACUGCUCCACACCCUACGUGUGUCUGCAGAAGCCUGUCAGCCUGCAGUGGCAGGGUCAGGACCCCACUCGCUCUGUCAUCUCCAAAAUCCAGAAGCUUGACCCCACAGAUGGCAUCAGCCACAUGGAGACCCUCCACAUGGCCCUAUCCUGGAAGGAUCACGGUCGGGCCCUGCUCUGUCAGCUCUCAGUGGCCAACCUCAUGAGUCAAGGCCAGCUCUAUCUCCAUGUGCAGUAUGCCCCCAAGGGCGUGGAGAUCCUCCUCAACCCCUUGGGCCAGAACAUCUUUCCUGGGAGUCCGGUCACACUCACCUGCCUAGUGAACAGCAGCUACCCCACUGUGAGCUCCGUGCAGUGGCUCAAGGACGGGGUGCACCUCAAAGCCGAUGGCCCCAUGCUGCAGUUGUCUCAGGCAGCCUGGGAGGAUUCUGGUGUCUACACCUGCCAAGCCAGAAAUACAGUGGGCUCCUCGGUCUCACCACCCAUCAGCCUCCAUGUCUUCAUGGCCAAGGUCAAGGUGAGUCCAUCAGGCCCCAUCCUGGAGAACCAGACGGUAACGCUGGCCUGCGACACACCCAAGGAGGCGCCCAGUGGGCUCCGCUACAGCUGGUAUAAGAACCAGGUCCUGCUGGAGAACGCCCAUACCCCCACCCUCCGGCUGCACUCGGCCACCAGAGCUGAUACUGGCUUCUACUUCUGCAAGAUGCAGAACGCCCUGGGCAGCGUGCGCUCUGGCCCUGUCAGCGUGCUGGUCAGCCACCCACCCCUCAUCCCAGACCUGAGUGGCUUCCUAGAGACGCAGGCCAGGCUCGUGGGCAUCCUCCAGUGCUCCGUGGUCAGUGAACCCCCAGCCACGCUGAUGCUGUCCCACGGGGACCUCACUGUGGCCUCCAGCUCAGGGGAGAGUGAUUACAACCCCCGCUUCACCAUCUCCUCGGCUCCCAACUCCCUGCGCCUAGAGAUUCGAGACCUGCUUGCAGCUGACAGUGGGGAAUACAAGUGCACGGCUGCCAACUCCCUCGGAAACUCAACCUCCACCUUGGACUUCCAAGCCAAUGCUGCCCGGCUCCUCAUCAGCCCAGCGGCCGAGGUGGUGGAAGGGCAGGCGGUGACUCUGACCUGCAGGAGUGGCCUGAGCCCAGGGCCAGACACCCGCUUCUCCUGGUACCUGAAUGGGGCGCUGCUCCUUGAGGGGCCCAGCAGCAGCCUCCUGCUCCCUGCGGCCUCCAGCACCAAUGCCGGCUCUUACCACUGUCGCGCCCAGGACGACCACGGCACCAGCGGCCCCUCCAUGCCUACUGUCCUCACUGUGCUCUAUCCCCCACACCAGCCCACACUCACUGUGCACCUGGAAUUGGAUGCAGCUGGAGCUGAGGCUGGGCGGCGUGGCCUCCUACUGUGUCGUGUGGCCAGUGACCCACCUGCCCAUCUACGGCUGCUCCAUGGGGGUCAUGUUGUGGCCACAUCAUCUAUGGGAGGCUGUGGCACAUGUGGGGGUUGCUCCCCACGUACAAAGGUCACCAACGAGCCCAACCUGCUUCGGAUGGAGAUUCCCAACCCAGUGCUGGAGGAUGAGGGCGUGUACCUGUGUGAGGCCAGCAAUGCCCUGGGCAACGCCUCAGCCUCAGUCACCUUCAAUGCCCAGGCCACUGUCCUGGUCAUCACCCCAUCUGACUCACUAGAAGAGGGCACAGAGGCCAACCUGACUUGCAGCGUGAGCCGGGAAGGCACUGAUCGCCCUGCCAACUUCUCCUGGUUCCGGAAUGGGGCGUUGUGGACUCAGAGUCCCCAGGAGACUGUGAGGCUGCCAUCUGUGGCCAGGACUGAGGCUGCCCUGUAUGCCUGUCAGCUCAUCACUGAGAUUGCCACCCAGCCCUCCGCCCCUGUGUUCCUGAAUGUGCUCUAUCCCCCAGACCCUCCAAAGCUGUCAGCCCUCCUGGACAUGGGUCAGGGUCACAUGGCCAUGUUCAUCUGCACUGUGGAUAGCCAUCCCCUGGCUCAGCUGUCCCUGUUCCACGGAGAGCACCUUCUGGCCACCAGCCUUGGACUCCAGCUCCCAUCCCAUGAUAGGCUCCAGGCCAAGGCCACCCCCAACUCCCUGCAGCUGGAAAUCCGAGAACUGGCCCUUGGGGACUCUGGUCACUAUCACUGUGAAGCUACAAAUGUUCUGGGAUCUGCCAACACCUCACUCUUCUUCCAUGUCCGAGAAGCCUGGGUCCAAGUCUCACCAUCCUCUGAGCUCCAGGAAGGCCAGACUGUGGUCCUGAGCUGCCUAGUGCCCACGGGGGUCCCCGAGGAAGCUUCAUACCUCUGGUUUCGGGAUGGCCAGCUCCGCCACGAGUGGACAUCGGCCAUGCUGCGCAUUCCAGCCAUAACUCUGAAGCAAGCUGGUGCCUACCACUGCCAAGUUCAGGCCCCAGGCUCAGCCACCAGUCUGGCUGCCCCGGUCAGCCUGCAUGUGUCCUAUUCCCCACGCCAGGUCACACUCACCACCCUGAUGGACACAGGCCCAGGGCGACUGGGCCUCAUCCUGUGCCGUGUGGACAGUGACCCUCCAGCCCAGUUGCAGCUGCUCCACAGGGACCGCCUAGUGGCCUCCACCCUGCAAGCUGUGGGAGAAACUGCUGGCAGGGAUGCCCGGCUGCAGGUGACAGUGACCCCUAAUGCACUGCGUGUGGAGAUCCACAACACCGUGCUAGAGGAUGAGGGCAUCUACACCUGUGAGGCCACCAACACUCUGGGCCGUGCCUCAGCUUCAGCUGACUUCGACUCCCAGGCUGUGAGUGUGCAGGUGUGGCCCAAGGCCACUGUGCAGGAGGGGCAGCAGGUGAACCUCACCUGCCUCGUGUGGGCCACUCACCCAGCCCAGCUCACCUACAAGUGGUACCAGGAUGGGCAGCAGCGCCCAGGAGCCCACUCCAUCUCCCUGCCCAACGUCACACUCGCUGACGCUGCCUCCUAUCGCUGUGCUGUGGAGACCCCUGGCCAGGUGCCCCGCCUCUCCACACCUGUCACCCUGGAUAUCCUCUAUGCACCCCGCAGCCUACGCCUGACCUACCUUCUGGAGAGCCGUGCUGGGCAGCUGGCUCUGGUGCUGUGCACGGUGGACAGCCGCCCACCUGCCCAGUUGGCCCUCAGCCAUGCCGGCCACCUCCUGGCUUCCUCAUCCACAACCUCAGUCCCUAACACACUGCAACUGGAGCUGCAGGCACCGAGGCCCAGUGAUGAGGGGCUGUACAGCUGCUCAGCCCACAGCCCUCUGGGCCAGGCCAACACCUCGCUGGAGCUUCGGUUGGAGGGUGUACGGGUCACACUGGCUCCAUCAGCUGCUGUCCCUGAGGGAACCUCCAUCACAGUGACCUGUGAGGACCCUGCUGCACGCCCGCCCGCACUUUAUACCUGGUACCACAAUGGCCGCUGGAUGCAGGAGGGGACAGCUGCCUCAUUGAGGUUCCCGAGGACCACACGGGCUCACAUGGGCACCUACUCCUGUCAGGUCCACGAUGCCCAGGGCACACGCAGCUCCCGACCAGCUUCCCUGCAAGUCCUCUAUCCCCCCCAGGAUGUUGUCCUUUCCUCCUUCCGAGACUCCAGGACCAGCUCCAUGGCUAUGGUACAGUGCACAGUGGACAGUGAGCCACCUGCUGAGCUGGCACUGUCCCACAAUGGCACAGUGUUGGCUACUAGCCAUGGGCUCCACGGCUCAGCAUCUGGAACUAGGUACAUCCAGGUGGCCCGCAACGCCCUGCAGCUGCAGGUGCCGGAUGUGCCAGCAGGCGGUGACGACACCUAUGUUUGCACGGCCCACAAUGUGCUGGGUUCAGUGAGCACCACCUGGCAGCUGCGGGUGGAAGGUGUGAGCGUGGUGGCCGAGCCAGGCCUGGAGGUUCCUGAGGGCACCGCACUGAACCUGAGCUGCUGCCUCCCUCCUUCUCCCAGGCCCACGGGCAACUCCACCUUUGCAUGGUUCCGGAAUGGUCGGCCACUGCAUGCUCAUGUGGGGCCCAUUCUUGCCUUCAGCCGUGUGGGCCGUGCCCAGGCUGGGCUGUACCACUGCCAGGUGGAGCUGCCCUCUGGCCCCUCUGCCUCUGCUCCUGUCAUGCUCCAAGUGCUCUACCCUCCCAAGACGCCCACCAUGACGGUCUUUGUGGAGCCUGGGGGUGGCCUCCAGGGCAUCCUAGACUGCCAGGUGGACAGUGAGCCCCCAGCCAGCCUGACCCUUCACCUGGGCAGCAGACUGGUGGCCUCCAGCCAGCUACAGGGUGCUCCUGCAGAGUCGCAUAUCCAUGUCUCAGUUUCCCCCAAUGCCCUGCGGGUGGACAUGGAGCUACUGCAGCCCAGUGACCAGGGGGAAUAUGUGUGCUCUGCCACCAACAGCCUGGGCGCUGCCUCUGCCUCUGCCUACUUUGGGGUCUCAGCCCUGCACCAGCUGCAUUUGUUCCAGCAUCUCCUUUGGGUGCUGGGACUGCUGGCUGCCUUCCUGAGCUUGCUGUUGGGGCUGGGGGCCUACUAUGUGUGGAGGAAGCGUUCUCAGCAUUUGCACCUAAGCAAGAAUUUGGAGAUGAACUUCUCUGAUGGACAUGGGGACAUGCAGGCACAUGUGGGACUUUAUUCUGUGCUCAGCAGCUGAGCUGACAGGUGGCACUGCCUGCCCCCAGGAGGAGGAAGUACUGACAAACCAGGCACUGUGAAGCAGGCAGUGCCAGGUCCUGGCUACCUCUUCGCAAAGAGCAUGGUGACACCUGACUUCUGAAGACUUGGCUCAAACCCCUCUCCCCCCAUGAAACAUGGGUCAUGAGAGGUAGGGAAAGACUUUGUCUACCCACAAGGUGCUGGCUGUAGGGGACCCUCAAGAGAUCUGAGUUGCUCCAGCCAUCCACUUGUCUCUAUGCCUCUAUCUUUCUUCUGGAUCUCCUCUCUCCUCCCCAUCAUCUCUUUUCCAAAGGAGGCAUUGCCCCUGAAUGACCUGUGGAUGAUUGGAACAGAAGGGUAUUUGUGUCCUCAUAGCUCGGCCAGGGCAACUCUGUACCAUACAGUGUAUCAGUAAGGCAGACUGCUCUAACAUGAGACCAAAUACAGCAGCUUCAAAAUGAAUUUUAUUUUUCUUUCUCUACUAGUUUGGAUAUGCUAUGGUGGCGUAAGGUGUUGGGGCUCAGGCUUCUUCUGUCUUACUUUUCUCCAUCCCUAAAAGAUAG